UGCAGAUUCACUGAAUGUUAAAGAGCUCGUUGCAAUCUUGUCUGGUACGGUCAUGACAACCUUCAAGGUUUUAGUUCCUUGUAUUUUCCUUCUAAUAUAUUUCACAUCGUCAGCUUAUGGCUUUAUCGAGGGGCUCUACUGUGGAACAGAAAACUGUUACGACGGUAUGAAUUUGUUUUGGUUAAGUUUGUUGGCAAACGAAGACGAUCAACUACAGUCAAAGCUGGUGUCGAUUUCAAGUUUACGUGUUACUUGUAUGUACUCCUAUUUGUUAACACAUCUCUCUUUUUGUAUUUGGAUUAUAGUGCUCGGAGUCUACAGAGAAUCUUCAAAGGUAAUCUAUAACAGAUGUAGAUAAUGUGUCUUCAUAAAUGAGAAAUUUGUGUUCACUUAUGAUACUACACGAGUACGUGUGUGUGAAAAAUUGAAAAAAAAAUCACUUCAAAUUUAAUCUUGUUUAAAGAACGGUUUCGUGGGUUGCCACAUGUGCAGAUGUACAAUGUAAACAAACCAACGUUAUUUUGAUCCAAUAGAAAGCUUCAUUUAAAUAUCUUACUGAAAAAACAGUUCAAAAAUAAAUGAUACUUUUAUAACAUUUUGUCACUAUCAAUUCCCCUCAGAUACAGCAGACCAUUUUUAUUCGUGUGUCUAUAUAUCUUGUAACUCCCUUGAAAUCAGCUCGUCUUUGUUAUUCUGUGAUUGUUGUUUUACGUCAGCAAUUUGUUCUCUGAGUGAUAAUUUAAAGCCUAAAUCCUCAACAUUAGGAAGAACUCACUCAUACAAAACACAGUUCAGUAGGUUUUUAGGUGUUGAAUUAUCUACUAAUUGACCUUAAAUCAUAAGGUUCAAUAUAGCGGUUGACAAAAGCAUGAAUAAAUUAUAAGGAGCCUUGGGGAAAAUUUUAAUGUUCUUUUAUUGCUCCAAAUCCAGUGUAUUUCUUAUGUCACAUAGCAAGACCUUGAUUUAACUUUAAAAUGCCAGCAAGAAAACCAUUCUUAAAAGUAUUUUCAAUUGGUAUAUUGGUUUCAGCUGAAACAAGCAAAAACAGAUUCAUAACAGUUGUGGAAGUCUGAUAACAAUUCUUAACAGAUCCCAACCAUUAUAGUAAUUUAUUUUGAUUUUUUUUUCUCUGUUAAAUCACUUUGAUUCUGACUUAUCCAACUUUGUCCACCUUCCCAAGAAACCUCUGAAACAUAUCUUAUAGUUCCACUCCAGUGGUCAGGGGUCACUCAGGCUAACCAAGAAAAGGGUCUAUCCUUGAAACUUAUUAAGACUCAUUAACUUUACCUCUAUGGUGAUUUUGUUAGUUACUUGGUUUGUGAUAGCUGUCUUCAAUCCUCUGAGUCAAAAAACGCUUUGUGAACCUUUAGAGAGUUAAGUACUACACAACAUGAUAUACUCCAGCUGACAAGUACAUGGUGAUCACAAUUUGUUUUUUUUUUUACAGGCUGACAUUGCAAAAGCAUACAGAAAACUUGCCAGAAAGUACCAUCCUGAUAGAUACAAGGUACAUAUACAUAUACUUUACAAAAUUUGAUGAUAAGUGAUGAGAAGAAAGAAAAAUAUCAAUCAGGGGAUAAUAAGCUGACCAACACCAAAUUCUCUGAACUAACAUCAUAAGAACUGUAUGGUAGACACAAGGGAGAAUUACUACAGAGAUCUUGUGAUUGAAUGGAUUAAACUGUCCAUUCUUGAGACAUAUCUCUAACAUUACAUGUUUAUUUACACUGAACAUUGAUUAUAUUGCUAAAAUUAUUCCAAGUUUGAGCAGGUCUGACAUUACCAUCAGAGCUUCAUUUAUGCUGUUGGAACUGAGGUUUACACCUUGGAAAUGAAAUAGUUAUUUAAUUAAUAAUUGAAAAAUGGGAGUGCAUGAACAGAAGGUGAUUCUGAAAUAGUUUAAUUUGUUUUAUUGUCCCUUGCUGUAGGCUCUUUACUAUAAUUCUCAAACAUUUAUUGAUUUAAUCUACUCACAUAAAAGGAAUUUUUCUUCAUUUUGUGUUUUGCGUCUUAAUCAAAAUUUUUAUUGGGCUUAGAAGGCAAGACUUGUGUACAAUGUAAAGAAAGUGGUCCUUUUUAGUUAGCUUCUGUAUGUUACCUUUCAUUCAACACCUAAGUUUCUGAUGUUAACCUGUGUCAAAUGAAUGCUACUAGCAUUGACUUCAGUGUCAAGCUUUUGAAUUAUUCUAACAAUUGUUAUUUUUCUUUAUUCCUAUUUAGGGAGAAGAUGCUGAAACCAAAUUUCAACUUAUCGCAACAGCUUAUGAGGUGAGAAAUGUUUAUCCCAGAAAAAUUUAUGGGUACACUCAAGGUUCAGUAAUUUAUAUAUUAAGUUCUCUGGCAUGGUCAACCUCUUGUCUAAUGAAUACUAUGGAAUGAAACCAAAGGAUUGUGUUUCCAAAAUUGUAGAUGCACUGUGUAUUUCAUUAGCUAAAUGAUUAAUACACACAGCUAGACUUGAUGACAAGUGUGUAAUAACAAAAAAACUUGUUAAACAAUAUCUUAUUUAGGUGCUUGUAUGGUCUAUUUUAUUAUUAAUUGAUAUUUUGUGAUAUACCAUCAUUGUUAGUUGUGAUUCAAUGUAAAUGUGGUUAAAUUUUGGACCCUGAGAGUGUAUAUAUGCUUAUUUAAGCCAGGUGCUUAUUGAAUUUUCACCAUUUUCAGCUAGUAGUAACUCUAUGUUGCAAUGUUCAGAGCAUUAGAUGAUAACAAAAUGUUAAGAUGUACCAUAGAGAGUAAUUUCAGAAAUUGUAAGGGGAGGAAUGGAAGGGAUUUGGAGGGAGACUGGGUUCUUAUUAACUUUUCCUACCCACUGGGUGGGCCCUUAUUCAAGGUUGGGUGUCCAAUCAGAGAAAUCCAGUAUACCAUUGCUUAUUGUUUGUGUACUCUUUUGUAUCAUUAUUGUUGAGGCUUCUUGUAAAUUUUGUUUGAUUAGGGGGUCUUGGAAUGUUCAUCAUAAGGUCAAGCAAUUUGCACAUGCCUUUCAUCUGCCAGUCAAAAAGCUUAGCCCAGGGUACAUUAUCCUUCAAGUUUAUCAGGUUUAAGAACAGUCUAUGGGUCCAAGUUUGGUCUGUUAACCUUGCCAAGAACUUCUACCCCUGCCAAAACUCAUUGUUAGAUCUGAUAAUAUUUUGUUUCACUUACUGUUGAUAACAUUGUGUAUGAAUGUUCAAUGAUUCCAGGUUUUGAAGGAUGAUGAACAAAGAGCUGACUAUGACUAUAUGUUGGACAAUCCAGGUUAGGCAGUGUGAUAGAUACUUGAAUUAGUACUGUUCUGCCCUUAACACCCUUAAAGUGACUAGUAUCUAAUUUCUUACAAUGUUCAUCCCAAAAUCACCCAUUAUGGACACAAGAGUUAAAGGAAAUGAUCACCAAAUAAAGAAGCUCUUGAUUGUUGAAAAAAACUCUUUGUUAAAGCACCUUUGGAAAUGUACAUUCUGUGACUGUGUUGAAAACAGUACAGAGAAUAUGCAUACUGUUGUUGGGGUGUAAAGAAUCAACUCUUGAAUUUACAUUGUAGCUGAAGAUAACCAUUGCAUGUGCCUUAAGCUAAUGUAUUUAAAAAAAGAUUCCAAGCUUUCGUGGAUUCACACUGAUGAUACCUUGGAUCAGUGAGAGCUCAGAAGAUUAUUUUUCAGAACAGCUAGCUUGAGGCCUCACUCAAAACUAUGAUGUGAUAGCUGAACAUCUUGAUAUGAUUCAAGAAUUUUGAAAUGAUUACAAACAUUUAAUUCAAUUUUCCUGUGUUGAUGUUAUUACUAUUAAAUUUUAUUGUCUUUAUUUAACAGAGGAGACCUAUGGCCAUUAUUAUCGCUACUACAGAAGACAGGUGGCUCCAAAAGUGGAUGUGAGAGUUGUUAUAGCUGUGUCAAUCACAGUUGUCUCAUUGCUCCAGGUAGUAAAGAAUAACAUAUUAUUUUGUAAAAUAUCCUUAUUCCCUACUUUAUCAAUUCUAAUUUUCAAAUUUAGGUCACUCAUAGUCAUCUUUUGAUAGCUAAUUUCUGGCCUAUGAAGCUAAUGCUCUUUUAUGAAAUAGUUUGAAAUGAGUGCAACCAGUAAGCUGUGGGAAAAACACAAAGGGGAUUUGAACAUACAAAUUUGAAGUCAUUUUGUAGCUAAUUUAAGACUGAGUGUAACCUGUAAAGUCUGGCAUUGAAACAGAAGGGGAGAAGGAAACUUCUUAAAUGUCAACUUUUUAUUGGUUUUCUAUUACAGUUAUCUUUACAAUUUCACCUCCUCUCUUUUGUUUCAAUGUUACCUUCAAUGUUUCCUGUAACUCAUUAACUCUUUCACUCCCACAAGUGACCAAGACAGAAUUUCUCCUUACAAUAACAAUACAAUAUCAAGCAGGCAGGUGAUGAGAAUAGAGAAGAAUAUCAAUAAUGGAAUUAUUAGUUGAUCCAAUACCAAAUUCUGUGAACUAACAUCAUAAGAAUUGUAAGGCAGAUAGUAAGGAGAAUUACUAAUUAGAUCUUGGAAGUGACAGGGUUAACUAGUAUCCUAUUUCUCCUCUAAUAUCACGCCCAAAUCAAACACUAAGGUCAUGAGGAUAGAGGAAAUUAUAACCAACUAAGGAAACUCUUGACUGUUGAAUAUAUUCUCCUUGUCAACACCUUCAAAUAUGUAUAGAGAACAGUAUGGAGAAUAUGCAUUUGAUACUGAUAGGUUAACAAAUAGCUGAUAGUUUCUGAUCACAUUGAUUUGCAGGAGGGUAGGCUUUCUUACAAUUUAUAUGAGAUUAAUUAGAUGAUUUCUGUAUAGUAAAUUAUGUAAAGAAUUAGCCAUGGUACCACCUAUUUAGGAGAAGCAAUCAGAUUAUUUUUCUACUCAUAGUUGAUACUUAGCUUGUAUCAACAAUGGUGAUGUUUUGAGGUUCUUUGUUUACAGUAUCUUCAUGGAUGGUCACGCUACAAUGAAGCUGUCAAAUAUGCCUUAACAAUGCCCAAAUACAGAAACAAGGUACAGUCAAUGUAUUCUUUGCAAUGCACUCCCAUGCAGUGAUUCCGCCAUUUGCUUGGAAGAAAUCUCUCCCCUCUGCUUUGCUCAAAUUAAUUUCAUUUUCACUACUUUCCCUGACAAGGUUUAUCACUAGGAAUGGUUCACUAGAAUUCAAGGUGUUAUCCAUGUGGAUAUACAUUGUGAGCCUGUGAAAAUCAUUCCAGAUGUCUUUACAGCUUGUUCUAUGAGAGAAUUUUUUCCUGUCAGCGAUGCUUGUGUUCAGAUGUCCGUUCUCAUAAUCUGCCAACUUUUAUGCUGCCUUAUUUUGCUCUCCCUCUGGAAGAGAUCUUUGAUCAUUGGUCACAAUAUGUUUUAGUUUCAAAGGAGACAAGAAAAUGAAAAUGUUGUUAAACCCUUUGAACCCUUACAGUGACUAACAUGUAAUUUCUCAUUACAAUAUCACCUCUGAAUCUCACACUAAGAUCACAAGAAUAACGGAAAUGAUCAUCAAAUUCUCCUUGUCAGCACCUUAAUCCUUUACACCCUAACAUCAGUAUACAUUUUCUCCAUACUGUUCUCUCUACAUUUCCUAUGGUGCUGACAAGGAGAAUUUGUUUAACAAUCAAGAGCUUCUUUAGUUGGUGAUCAUUUCCUUUAUUCUCAUGACCCCAAUGUUUGUUUUAGGGGUGAUAUUGUUGGGAGAAAGUUGUUAGUAAUCACACUUAAGGGUUAAAGGGUUAAGAGGUGUGUAGAGAUCAGAAUGGAGGAUAUGCAUACUGAUGGUUGAGUGUAAAGGGUUAAUUCUUAAUUUCCACUAGCCCGUUGCAGGUGUUCAGGUAGUAAAACAGAGUGAAAACAUAGCAGUAGAGUGAAAAGUGGAGAAGGCUUGGGUUGAGGUUGACCCAAACCCUUCCUUGCUUUUACUCGGCUCCAUUUUACUAACUGGAGGCCUGGAACAAGCUUAAUGUCUACAUACACAUACAUCCAUGUACUUUUAAUAACUGCUAAUACACAAUUUAUUGACUGCUUAAUUUAGCCCAGAAUAAUAUCUUAAAAUUGAAUAUUCCCUCUUUUCUAACAAAGGCCAUGCAAAGGGCAAGAGAAGAAGGUCUUCUUAAUAACCUGAAAAAAGGCAAGAAAUCCAAGGUAAGCAUAACUUCUAAGGUCUUGAAUGUUACAUGUACAAAUCUGAUCCAGAAUCCUUGUGGUAUCUCCACCACAGACAGUAAUCAUUUGGCUUCUUGUUGAUUAUUUAAAACCAAUAUAAAGAGGUUGCAUACAUGUACAUACUGUGUGCAUAACAUUGACAUAGUCAUUGAAAAAAAUCUGGAUAAGUGCUAUUCAUUCUUCAAGAAACUUGGCCUGGGUCUGUACACAUACACUGUGUGGUUUACACAUACAGAACACACCAUUUCAGCAGACUUUCAGUCACUAAACAUGGUCAACACUAUUUUACUCACAGGAAGAAUUCCGUGAAGAAGAGGAGUCAAUUCUUAGGGGGGUAGUGGAGAAUUCUUUGGACAUAAGGUUUGUCCCAAUUCUUGCAAUUUAGCUCACUUGUUUAACUUUCACAACCAACACUCUAGUUAAUUGCUGCAUCUUUUAAGAAUCUGUUGUUUUAAAGGAGCUGUCUCAAGAUGUACUCAUUAGUAGUGAUUUUAAUGCUUUUGUUUUGUGUUUGUAAUGAUAAUUAUCAGUUCUCUCUGAUUCCUUGCUUUUUGUUUUUUUAGGGGAGGUCACAGCAAGCCCAGAAUAGCUGAUGUUCUGUGGAUCAGGAUUGUCCUUCUGUAAGCUCCAUCCCUUUUGUUACGACCAAAGAUUUAAGUCAAUUCCUCCCUUCCGAUUGUUUCAGAUAUCCUUGAUAACUAUUUAAGAAAACAUAGGUAUCACACUGUGCUUCUUGUGUGUUCUUACCGCAUUUUGACGUCAUCCGUAAUCUAUUUCCGUACAAACCCCCAGCAACAUGGAAUCUAUUUCUUUUAUAUUAUGAAAAAGCAAAAACUUGUCGAUGGUGACGUUAUCCAUGCCUCUGUCCUCCAAAGUAGAUGAAGGAACCAGUCAAAGUACAUGUAAAACUUCCCUAAUCAUAUGAUUUCCUUAUUUUAAGAUUUAACCUUUUACACUCUUAACAUCAGUAUGCAUGUUCUCCACACUGUUCUUUAUACAUUUCCUAACGCACUGGCAAGGAGAAUUUGUUUGCCAAUCAAAAGGUUCCUUCCCUGGUGACCAUUUCCUUUAUUCUCAUGACCUUAACGAGUGAGUCAGGGCCGAUAUUGUAGGGGGAAAUUACAUGCUAGUCCUCUUAGGGUUAAAGUACGUAGAUUUGUCUUGUUCCUUGUUAGUGAAAUUAGUUUCCAUUUGUUAAAAUGCUGUUUUCUUGUUUGCAUUACGUUUUUUAGUCCUUACACAAUUUUGAGUUACUUUGCCUGGCUGAUACACUGGUAUUGGAAGUUUAACAUCAAACGAGAGGAGUAUGGGGACAAGGAAAAGGCAUACCUUAUUAGGAAAAAGUUGGGAUUAACCUCUGUCCAAUGGGAUGCGAUGGAGCCGGUGCAGAAAGAUGUUUUCUUUUCAAGGCAGUUAUGGAUUGACGCAAACUUUCGGGUGGGUGUAUUAUUUUAUGAGGAAACGUUUUCUCUGAUCGAGUUGGCAGAAUGUGAGCAAGCUUGGUCGUUAACCCUUUAACACCCAGAAGUGAUUAACUGGUAAUUUCUUCCUAUGAUAUCCAUACAUUAUCCAGCCAACAUGUAAUGAGGAUAUUCAAACUUAUCAGGUAGAGUUGGUGGUCCUGAUCUAACAUAAAUUCUUGUGACUUAUUUACAGAGAAAUGUGUAGCAGCUAGAGGGGAAAGUUAACAAUCGGAUCCUGGGAGUUAAAGUGUCAACUGUGCAAAAUCGGGCAGUUUAGGACUGCUUUCGAUUGAAAGUGAAUUAGUUAUAGACUACCUAUCGUUCUGUUUUCAAUGAGGUGUAGUUAUGGAUUAAGUCUACUUCACUCUGGGAUUAGUGGAGAAACUCGCGCCAAUCUCCCAACCGAUCAGAUGCGCAAAUUAAAUCCAAUCGCGACUGGUCACUUGCGUUUUCCCGCCUUUCAAGCAGUUUUGUUGUUUUCACUUUACGCUCUUAUUGGCCCAUUGUGAUAUGUAGUUUGCUGUGAUGAGCCGUAGCCUGCGUUGCUGGCGGUUUGCGAUUUUGGGUUCCCAAAAUCGCAGACCGCUAGCAACGCAGGCUAUGAUGAGCUGCUGCUUUGGUUACGGCACUUUGCUAUGUGAUUGGCUUAAACAAAAACCUUGCGUCACAGUGUAAACCAAUAGCGACCUACUUGAACGCGUUUUCUUGCGCUCCAGGCCAGUAAUUUGUUUCUCAUUUCGUCGCUUCAAAAAUGGUUACAUCUACGAUCGUGGAAUAUUCGAGUUAUUUUUACGACACUUGUUGACUAAACAAAAUAAUGAACGUCCACGGUCGUUAGUAAUCUGCUCGCCAAAUGUGUUGCAACUCAUUUUUCCGAUACCUCCAGUAUUUUUCCAAUGUAAGUAAUGGUAAUAGGACUAAUUCGUGUCCAAUUCGGUCAGUAAUCAUACGAGUGAUAACAAAAUCGGACGACCACGCAGCAGGAUUCCGACUUUUUUUAUCACCAGUAUAAUUACAGAUCGAAUUGGACGACACAAAAUCUUAUUACCAAUCAAUCAUAAAAAGUAUAAUUUCCGAGAAAAGAAGAAUAGCCAAGUUAUGAAAGAAACCCAAAGGAUAAGCAAAAUCGCUGCUGUCCUCUAAAAUAUUGACAUUGUUCAAGGGGAAAAAAAUUCUCCAUUUUGAAAAAAGCGCCAAUUUAGGAGUCUAUACACUGCCUCUGCUUCUGGUGCUGAAGUGGAGCUUCUGGCGUGUAAGGUUCAAUCGAAAAAAUAUGGAACUGACAGCAUUCAUCUCUGUUCUCUGUUGUAGGAAUUUAAAAAAGAACAAGAAGAGGAGAUGAGGGUUAAACUUGCUCAAAACAACAAAUACAAAGCUUACAGGUAUUGUUGUUCGUCAGUUAAGUAAUCAGGCAAAAUUCAACAAUUUCAUACUUGAAUGCGCUAUAUUGUGUAGCUCGUGAAUAGGCUGUUUCUAAGAUUGUCGAAAGCCUCAGUUUUUCUGAAACGAGGCCAAGUAUUCCUAUGCAAGCAAAUGCAAUCACAGGUUUCGCACCUGCCCUCAUUUUGAAAGUGGGGCUGCCCGCCCCGCCAAUUAAAGAACUCGUCCAUCACUGUUCGUUCUGCGUCGAAAAUUUAGCCUACUUUUUGAAUAAUUUUCCUUUGCAAUCCGCGUCAAUUCUCACCAUUCUAAAACACCACAGCUCCUUUCUGAAUUACUAUUAACUCUUAAGUGAUUCUCUACUAUGGUACAGCUUUAGAUUCGUUUAGUACCGAAUAGUAAUGCUCAGUAUUGUUUCCCAGCUUCGUAACCGUUUUACUCCCAAUAUCUCAACAUUAAUCUCCUCUUUUGUCUGCUCUGCAUCUUGAACAAUUUUAUAUCUGAGAGAGUAAUGUUAAAUCCAACAGUAUCUCUUAGUCAAAUUUUUUUCUUUAUUAUCAACACCUUUCUGCGCGACAAUGUGCUGAUAAUGUGACGAAAAGUUCCCUUUUGAUCACUCUUGGAGUCAGUAAGGAGGUAGUUUUGCACCAUGAGUACUGAUUAAAUGAUACUGUGAAACUGCUUUGAUUAAUUUAUUUCAUCUCGCUAAAUCUUGUUCUCGUACUUCCAGACGCUACAUGAAGAAAGGCGGACCUGGGCAGAUGACCUUUAUCGAAGAUGAUUAGAUACAUGUCAUACGACAUAAAUACACAGAUUAUGUAAUUUUCUUAUUUAAUGACGGCAGAAAUGGUUUUGGUGAUGAUAGUUACUGAGCCAAAUACGUUAUUUUGCUGUGGUAGGUACUCUUCUGUAAGACUUAAUGCAAAUUUAGUCAUUUAAAUGGCAC